GUCUCCCGGCGGCGGCGCCUGGGACGUUUCGCAGUUGCCAUGGUAACCAUAUAACAAAUCGCCCCCAGCCGAAGGACGUGUCCCGCUGUUGAAAAUGUCACAAAUGUCCAAUAAAAACAAGAAAGUGGUUCAAAACCUCGCAAAGAGCAUCUCAAAGGAAGUGAAGCACUUUAAUAAAAUAGAAGUUGAGGGCCUUAUCGGAGAGUAUGAGGUGCUGAUGCAGGACAUGAGCAACUAUGGAAGAGAAGUUCCAGGUCUGGAAAGAGGGAAGUUCAGGAGCAAACUGCACAGCAUGUUUGGGAUUACCCACGACAUCAUAAUGGACGGAGUCUUCAAGACGUUUGAUAAAGACAAUGACGGCCACGUCACUAUGAGAGAGUGGAUUGAGGGACUGUCUGUUUUUCUACGGGGGAACAUGGACGAACAAAUAAAAUUCUGUUUCCACGUGUUUGACUUGAAUGGAGACGGCUACAUCUCCAGAGAGGAGAUGUUGCAAUUGAUGAAAAAUAGCCUCAUCCUGGCCACAGAGGAGGAAUCAGAAGAAGGAAUCAAAGACCUGGUGGAAAUCACCCUCAAUAGGAUGGACCAUGAUCAUGAUGGCAAACUGUCUUUUGAAGACUUUGAAAAAGCAAUUAAAGAAGAAAACCUGUUACUCACGGCCUUUGGGCCAUGCCUCCCUGACUACAAGAGUAUCGAGAAAUUUGAGCAACGUGUAUUUUAUGUACAACUGUUCCAAUGAAAGAAUCACAUUCAUGUGGAUUCUGAGACUGACUUUCUUUAAUAAAAAAAUGAAUGUAUGUGUUUGGAAGGAGAAUUUGUAAAUAAUAAAAAAAAGGCUACAAAGAGAAGAUGUUUGUCUAAUCAAAUCCGACGACGUGG